GAUCAUCGAUCAGUUUCUGAUUCAUGGUCGUGCUGGUAGCACAUCAAAGCAAUCACCGUCAGUGAUAAGAGCGGUUGUGACUUAAGUACCGAAAUAAAUUUCCGAGAGCUUAAAUUUAUUUGCAGACAAGAUGUCGAGGAGGUCCACGGAGGAGAGCUUGAAGCUCAUCAGGGAAUCCUUGAAAUCGUCCGAGAUGGACCACAUGGAAGGGACACAUUUUGACGAUAAACUUCCCCACGUGUUCGUAACAUUGGGGGCUUCGGGGGAUUUGGCGAAGAAGAAGAUUUACCCUACGCUUUGGUGGCUCUUCCGGGACAAUCUUUUGCCAAGGCCUACGACCAUUAUCGGGUACGCAAGGACCCACUUGACGGUGAAGCAAUUGCGAGAGAAAUGCCAUCAAUACAUGAAAGUGAAGCCAGAAGAAGAGGAGAAAUACGAGCGGUUUUGGAAACUGAAUCACUACAUUGCCGGGUCUUACGACAAACGACAAGAUUUCGAGGCGCUUAAUCAGGAGAUCGAGAAACACGAGUCGGAAAUUUCGGCAAAUAGAUUGUAUUACCUGGCAUUACCGCCAACCGUAUUUAGACCAGCAACGGUACAGAUAAGAAACACGUGCAUGGGUACAAAAGGUUGGACGAGGAUAAUCAUAGAAAAGCCGUUUGGUCGUGACGAUGAGACCUCUCGUCAAUUAUCGGACCACCUGGCUUUCCUUUUCAAGGAGGACCAAGUAUACCGUAUUGACCAUUACCUGGGGAAAGAAAUGGUACAAAACCUGAUGACCUUGAGGUUUGGAAAUAUAAUAUUCAACCCCACGUGGAACCGGGAUCACGUUGCCUGCAUACAGAUAACGUUCAAGGAACCCUUUGGAACCCAAGGCAGAGGUGGAUACUUUGACGAGUUCGGAAUAAUUAGAGACGUAAUGCAGAAUCAUCUGUUGCAAAUUUUAUCGUUGGUUGCCAUGGAGAAACCUGCGUCUUGUCAACCGGACGAUAUUAGGAACGAAAAGGUGAAAGUAUUAAGGUAUAUAAAAGAACUGAACUUAGAUGACGUAGUGUUAGGACAAUACGUUGGAGACCCUGAAUCCGCAGAUCCUGAGGCAAAAUUAGGCUACUUGGAUGACCCGACAGUUCCUAAAGACUCGAAUACCCCGACCUUCGCUAUGGCUGUAUUAAAAAUCAAUAAUGAACGGUGGGAUGGUGUUCCGUUCAUAUUGAAAUGUGGAAAAGCCUUAAACGAGCGCAAAGCAGAAGUACGAGUUCAAUAUCAAGAUGUGCCUGGUGACAUUUUUGAGGGCAAAGCUAAAAGGAACGAAUUAGUGAUAAGAGUGCAACCCGGUGAAGCAUUGUACAUAAAGAUGAUGACGAAAUCGCCAGGUAUUACUUUUGACCUGGAAGAAACAGAGUUAGAUCUGACGUAUGGUAAUAGAUACAAGGACCUAAAAUUACCCGAUGCUUACGAGAGACUUAUAUUAGAUGUAUUUUGUGGAUCCCAAAUGCAUUUUGUACGCAGUGACGAACUGUCCGAGGCAUGGAGAAUAUUUACCCCUUUGCUUCAUCGGUUAGAAAAAGAGAAUAUUCAGCCAGUUCCAUAUAAGCAUGGCUCUCGAGGACCAAAAGAAGCCGAUGAAAUGGCUAAGCGAAGUAAUUUUAGGUAUUAUGGUUCAUAUAAAUGGAUCCAUCCUAAUCACCAUUAAGAAAAAAAAAGCUAUUGCAAGAUAUUCAGUCAAAUAAUUACGAAACAAAAGUGGUUCGAUCGACAUAACAUUUCGACGCUCAUGAACUCUACAUUCCAUCUUGUACAAUUCAUCAUUUUAUAUGCAUAGAUUCAUGUAUCGUACAUUUAUUGUACUGCGCAAUUUAUACCGAGUGUUAAUGAUUCGUCUUAAAUCUAAGUGACGUUUUAUCAUGCGAUUUUUUCACUUUAAAGAGAUUGUAAUAAAUUUAUAAAAUUACAGACCGAUGAGAAUACAAGGUAUCGUUUACUACA